UCUGGCAUCGCCACCGGCCCUGGCCCCGCCAUGGCCCUCUAGACCCCUCCAGCCGCCCCCCUGCGCCCCGCGCCGCCGCCAUGGAGUCACCGUGCCACACGGCGCCAUGCCCCGGCCCUGUGCCCAGCCGCACCGUGGCCACGCUGAGCCUCCGCACACACCACCAUGUCCCUGCUGGCCCCGCUGCACCUGGCCCCGGGCCUGGCCCAGGAGGGCACCCUGCUCCCAGCUAGCACCCUGCCCUGGCGGGCAGCCGUCCACGAGCAGCCUGGCACAGUCCCAGAGGGGCCCUUCACACAGGGCACCCUGGCAGGCCCUGGCUUCUCGGACUGGAUGACGGAGAGGGUGGACUUCUCCUCUCUCCUGAUGGAGCCGGGCACCAGCUCACCGCCUCCGGCCCCGCUUUCCGACCUGGAAGCCAUGGCCUCACUGCUGAAGCGCGAGCUGGAGCAGCUGGAGGAUUUCUUCCUGGAGGAGCCACUGGCCCCUGACCAGGCAGCCCCUAGCUCACCCGGCCCCCUCACCUUCCACUUCUCCUUCAGCGCCGAGCCCCUGGAGCUGGCCCCACUCAGCCCCCUCAACCCUAGCUGCCUGGAGCCACUUGCUCUCUUGGAGCCUCCAGCUCCCACACUGCUGGCUCCCAGCCCCAUCCCGCUACCCCUCAAGGGAGACCGCAAGCAGAAGAAGCGGGAUCAGAACAAGACGGCGGCCUUGCGUUACCGCCAGCGGAAACGGGCCGAGUAUGAGGCACUGGGCGACCAGUGCCAGAGCCUGGAGGCCCGCAACCGGGAGCUCAAAGAGAAGGCGGACUCCAUUGAGCGUGAGAUCCAGUACGUCAAAGAUCUCCUCAUCGAGGUCUACAAAGCCCGGAGCCAGCGGCUUUGCGCCAGCUAAGGGGCCGAGGGAGUGGGCAGAGCUGUAGCGUUGAGUAGCAUAUAAAGGGCAAUAAAAGGCAUUUGCUGUGC